CACCAAUUUUGACUAGCUCCCAUCUCCCUCGCAAUGUCGCCGGCGGCCGGAGCUCACGUGCCACUGCUGCCCGAGAGCAAGAAAAUAAAGCAGGGAGGCUCGGUUUCCGGGGCGGUGUUCAAUGUUUCGACUAGCAUUAUUGGUGCUGGGAUUAUGUCCAUACCUGCCACCCUCAAGGUGUUGGGAGUCAUACCAGCUUUUGUGCUCAUUGUGAUCAUUGCUUUCUUGGCUGACGUUUCCGUGGAGUUUCUGAUGAGGUUCACUCAUUCCGGUGAGUCGAGGACGUACGCCGGCGUCAUGAGGGAGUCGUUUGGGGAGGUGGGAUCGGUUGCAGCACAAGUAUGUGUCAUGAUCACUAACCUAGGGUGCUUGAUCAUGUACCAGAUCAUAAUAGGGGAUGUUCUCUCUGGAAAUGAAACAGGGCAUUUGGGUGUUCUGCAAGAAUGGUUUGGAGUUCAGUGGUGGAACUCACGUAACAUCGCCCUCUUGUUCACUCUGGUUUUGAUAAUGCUACCGUUGGUGUUGUUAAGGCGUGUAGAAUCCCUUAGGUUCAGUUCGGCUAUAUCAGUUCUUCUUGCUGUAGUUUUUGUUGGGAUAAGUUCUGUACUGGCAAUCCUUGCAAUCUUUGAAGGGAAAACCAAAACCCCAAGAUUGGUUCCAAGUUUGGACCAGCAAACCACCUUCUUUGAUCUGUUCACUGCUGUUCCAGUCAUCGUGACGGCCUUCACUUUUCAUUUCAAUGUUCACCCUAUUGGUUUUGAGCUCGGGAAGCCUUCGGAUAUGAUCUUGGCUGUGCAAAUCUCACUAGUGCUUUGUGCAGUCAUCUACUUUACCAUAGGACUAUUUGGUUACCUAUUGUUUGGGGACUCAAUCAUGACCGACAUACUUAUAAACUUCGAUAGAAGCUCUGAUUCAGCAAUGGGGGCACUACUCAAUGAUGUGGUCAGAUUGAGCUAUGCACUCCACUUGAUGUUGGUGUUUCCACUCUUGAACUUCUCUUUAAGAGCAAACUUGGAUGAGUUUCUUUUCCCUAAGAGACAACUACUGACAACAGAUACCAGAAGAUUUAUGUUCCUCACUAUUGGUUUGCUAGUCUUUUCUUACCUAGCAGCAAUAGCCUUCCCAAACAUUUGGUAUCUCUUUCAGUUUCUGGGUUCAACCUCUGCUGUUUGUCUUGCAUUCAUUUUCCCUGGUGCUAUUGUUCUAAGGGAUGUACAUGGGAUAUCUACAAAGAGGGAUACGAUUUUGGCGACGAUAAUGGUAAUCCUGUCAGUUGUUACAAGCGCAAUUGCCAUUUCCACCAAUGUGUAUAACACGUUCGGAAACAAGUCGUAAUUGAUUUUCCUUCUCUGGUUUUGCCAUUUUUGUUGUAAUUGAGGUGCCUGUAUUGGUUUGUAUUAUUCAUCAUAUUGUUGUAUAUGUAAUGCUUACAAAUAAUAUAACAUGAAUGCAAAGAAAAUGAUGGAAGUUUCCUGGUAAAUGGACUCCAAUCUG